AACAAUGUUGACAGGAAAUUAACAACAGGGAAGUUAUACAUUAAAAUGAAAAUAGGGAAAUACGAUACUGAUAUACCACAACAUGAAGGCUGAGCUUGUAUGUCGGGCAUUGCGCCAUCGAUUUGCACAUUGGUAUAUCCAAUGAAGAUCUAUUCUAAAUGGCCUUAGAAUUCCAUAAAGUACAGGAGCUUUGGCAAGAACAAGCACAUAUUGAAGCUGAAAAUAAUAGUAGACGACGGUAUCAACACGGAAGAGGCCCCUGUAAUGUCUUUAUAUUGGACACAUCAUCAAGUCUUGGGGAAGACGGCUUCACUCAGAUGAAAGAUGUAUUUAAGACUAUACUAGACGAGUAUGCCUGUUACCCAGACAUAGACGAGAACGUGUGUGUCAUUGUUUGUGGAAAGAACACCAGAUUUCAGCAUUAUUAUUCAAAUCAAUACUCUGAUAUCAAAAACUGUAUAGAUGACGUGGAUUUUGGAGGAUUAUCUCCCUUGGUUGCAGCAAUUUUUCUUUCGAUUGGAGGAUUAAAGGGUGGCCACAACAGAAGAAUGGGCGAAUUCCAUAUUCAUCCACGAAUAAUUCUAAUUUCGGAUGGACGCCCUACAGAUUUUACAUGUACUGAUGAUGGUGAGGAUUCGCCUCUUUCUGAAGGAGAUGAGGAAAAAGGUCACCUGUUGCAAGUGACGAGGAAUAUCGGUAGACGUCAUCCAAUAUUUUGUAUACCCGUAGGAAAGGACCCGGAUGUGGUACUUUUGGAAUUUAUCAGCGCUCAGUCAAGAGGAGGAAAGAUAGUGUAUCCAUCCGAGGCUAAACAAUUUGCAAAAUACUCUAAGAAUAUGCAAACAGCGGCUAUGUUGUCCUUCACGAUGAAGAAUGAUAAUAAUGACAGAGACAUGGUAUUAAUGUCGUUGGCAUGCACAUUUCCUGACGAAGAUUUCACCGAAAUGGAUCAGGAUGAUAUUCUUGAUAUAUGUUCAAAGAAAGGAUUAUAUAAUUCGUGGGAUGAAAUAAUGGAAGAAGAACUCGAUGCAUCUGAGCAUGUGUUUAAAGAAAGAGAUCCACGCAUGCCCUCCCUGGGGACAAGAGUUAGAAGAGGGCCUGAUUGGGAAUGGAAUAAUCAAGACAGUUAUGGACCCGGCACAGUCGUCGGACACUCGAAUGACUGUGGAUGGCUAAAGGUGAAAUGGGAUACUGGUUCGAUAUAUGGAUAUAGAUACGGAUCAACAGAAAACGAAAAAGACAAAUAUGACAUCACAGUAUGUGACGAACCACGGAUACUACAAGAUGAAAUGAUAGCUGUCGGUUGUUUGGUCAAACGAGGUCCCAACUGGAAGUGGGGAGAUCAAGAUGGCGGCGAAGGGACCCUCGGUUCGGUGUACAGAUUAAAACGCAAUGGAACUGUUUGUGUGCGAUGGUCAAACGGACAGACCAGUCAUUACAGAUUUGGAUAUCAGGGAAAAUUCGAUCUUCAGAUAUGCGAUCCCUUCUCAGCAGAAUCGCGAGAAUAUCUUCAAGAUCAGAAAAGGAAAGCUAUUUUGAAUCGCUCUCAGCAAUUCUCCUGUACUCCGGAAAAUGGUUUCUCCGCUUCACGUGCAUCUCCUCGGGACCAUGAUUUAAAGUCUGGAGGGAAACCAUGUGAUUCUCCAUCGGUUAGUCCUCAACGACUGCAAGUAUUAAAGGGGUGCUAUUUCAAAAAUGACAAAAAGUAUGAUGAACCGUCGUCAGACAUAGAAUCUGAUGGUGCAACAGAGGUUUCAUCGUCUAAUGCUAUAAAUCAAUGGAUGUGGAAAGAUUGUGAUGGAAAAUGGAACCCGUACCCCAGAAAGAUAAAUGACAGAAUUAACCAGUGUUACAGGAGAAACCCAAAUUCUACUGUAGUUGUGACAAUUAACGAACACUCUUACAGAGUCGUGAUGGCCAAAAACAUACAGAUCAACCUCAUAAGCGGAGAGACCACUGAGGUGAAAGCACCUAUUGACGCUUAACAAGAAAUUUGUUUGUAUACUUUUAGUAUACAUUUAAAACAAGUUGUUGAAUAUCUAGGUCAAUGGUAUUUUUUAUCCUAUAACAGAACUAAGAAUAAUUUAUAAAGACUAUACUAAAUGCAGUGAAUAGCCAUAAAUCAAAACAUGGAUAUCAAUUGUUUUAAAAAAGUGAGGAGAGAGGGAAAGAAACGAUGAUUUUAAACAGUUACUGUAUAUAGAAACAAAAAUGUUUGUAGUGUGUGACGUGAGCAGUGACGUGUUAGUUUACCACAAUGCUACCGACGAAAUAAAAAUCAAUACUUCAAA